AUGAGCAUUGAAAAAGAUACCACUCAGGUGAAUAACACCCACAAAACCGCCGGUGGUAACGCUGCGUUCCACAACUUCAUCAACGAUUUCUCCCACAUCGAGGACCCGCUAGAACGUCGUCGUUUGGCGCUCCAGAAAAUCGACGAUGCCUCGUUCGGCUGGUACCACGUCAGAGCCAUCGCCGUCGCCGGUGUGGGUUUCCUCACUGACUCUUACGAUAUUUUCGCCAUCAACUUGGGUGUGUCGAUGAUGUCGUACGUGUUCUGGCAAGGAAACAUGCCAGCAUCCACCACUACGUUGCUCAAAGUGUCGACCUCGGUCGGUACCGUUAUCGGCCAGGUCGGGUUCGGUGUCAUGGCCGACGUUGUCGGCCGUAAGAAGAUCUACGGUCUCGAAUUGAUCGUGAUGAUCGCCGCCACCAUUUUGCAAUGUACUAUCGGAACUGCUCCAGGUGUCAGCUUCGUCGCCGUGCUCACUUUCUACCGUAUCAUCAUGGGUAUCGGUAUCGGUGGUGACUACCCGCUCUCGUCGAUCAUUACCUCCGAGUUCUCUACCACCAAAUGGCGUGGUGCCAUCAUGGGUGCGGUUUUCGCCAACCAAGCCUUUGGUCAGAUCGCCGCCGGUAUCGUUGCUCUUAUCCUCGUGGCUGCCUACAAGGACGUGCUUAUCGUUGCCAACACGGGUUCCCAGUGCGGUCCAGCCUGUGCCAAAGCCUGUGACCAGAUGUGGCGUAUUCUCAUCGGUCUAGGUUGUGUUCCAGGUAUCAUUGCCCUAUACUUCCGUCUAACCAUUCCUGAGUCCCCUCGUUACACUUUCGACGUCAACAACUUGCUCGACAAGGGUGUUGCCGACAUUUCCAAAUUCGCUUCUGGCGAACACGGUAACGCUGAAGCCGAGGAGAUUGCCCGUUUGGAAAGAGCCCCAACCGCUGUUGAACAGUACGAAAUCGCCCCUCCAAAGGCCUCUUUCCGCGACUUUGUCACCCACUUUGGUAAAUGGAAGUACGGUAAGAUCUUGUUCGGUACUGCUUUCUCCUGGUUCACCCUUGAUGUUGCCUUUUACGGUUUGAACUUGAACUCUGCCGUUAUUUUGCAAACUAUUGGUUACGCUUCCUCCAAGAACGUCUACCACAAGCUUUACAACUCCGCCGUCGGUAACUUGAUUUUGAUCUGCGCUGGUUCGCUUCCAGGAUACUGGGCCUCUGUUGCCACCAUUGACACCAUUGGUAGAAAGCCCAUUCAACUCUUUGGUUUCUUUAUCUUGACCGUUUUGUUCUGUGUUAUUGGUUUUGCUUACCACAAAUUGAGCGACCAUGGAUUGUUGGGUCUCUACAUUGUUUGUCAAUUCUUCCAAAACUUUGGUCCUAACGUUACCACUUUCAUCAUUCCAGGUGAAGUGUUCCCAACCAGAUACAGAUCUUCUGCUCACGGUAUCUCUGCCGCCUCCGGUAAAGUCGGUGCCAUUAUUGCUCAAACCGCUUUGGGUACGUUGAUUGACCACAACUGUGCCAAGAACGGCCAAAAAGCUAACUGUUGGUUGCCUCACGUUAUGGAAAUUUUUGCGCUUUUCAUGUUGUGUGGUAUUUUCAGCACUCUAUUGAUCCCAGAAACCAAGCGUAAGACUUUGGAACAGAUUUGUGAAGAGUACCACGACGAAAUCGACUCUGCAAAAUAUGCUAGUCCGAACAGCAACUCUGCCUCUUCCAGCCACACUGAAACUGUCUAA